AUGGAAGUUUCCCUAAACCACCCAGCAUCUAAUACAACCAGCACAAAGAACAACUCAGCAUUUUUUUACUUUGAGUCCUGUCAACCCCCUUCUCCAGCUUUAUUCCUAUUACUUAUAGCCUAUACUGUGGUCUUAAUUGGGGGCCUUUUUGGAAACCUCUCUCUCAUCAUCAUCAUCUUUAAGAAGCACAGAAAAGCUCAGAAUUUCACCAGCAUACUGAUUGUCAAUCUCUCCCUCUCUGAUAUCUUGGUGUGUGUCAUGUGCAUCCCUUUUACUAUCAUCUACACUCUGAUGGACCACUGGAUAUUUGGGGAUACCAUGUGCAAACUCACAUCCUAUGUGCAGAGUGUCUCAAUCUCUGUGUCCAUAUUCUCACUUGUACUCAUUGCUGUCGAAAGAUAUCAGCUAAUUGUGAACCCCCGUGGCUGGAAGCCCAGUGUGACUCAUGCCUACUGGAGCAUCACACUGAUUUGGCUGUUUUCCCUUCUGCUGUCUAUUCCCUUCUUCCUGUCCUACCACCUCACUGAUGAGCCCUUCCGCAAUCUCUCUCUCCCCACUGACCUCUACACCCACCAGGUGGCCUGUGUGGAGAACUGGCCCUCCAGAAAGGACCGGCUGCUCUUUACCACCUCCCUUUUUCUGCUGCAGUAUUUUGUUCCUCUAGCCUUCAUCCUCAUCUGCUACUUGAAGAUUGUUAUCUGCCUGCGCAGGAGAAAUGCGAAGAUAGACAAGAGGAGGGAAAAUGAGAGCCGGCUCAAUGAGAACAAGAGGAUCAACACAAUGUUGAUUUCCAUUGUGGUGACCUUUGGAGCCUGCUGGCUGCCCCUGAUAUCUUCAAUGUCAUCUUUGAUUGGUAUCAUGAGGUGCUGA